AUGUCUCGCUCUCACAUCACCCACGCCGCCGCACCGCUCCACCCCCCCCCCCCCCCCCCCCCCCCCAUCUCCACCCAGUAGGGAUACCCCGGUAGGAAGGGGGGGAAACAGGAGCAGCAGCAGCAGCAACCAGCAAGCGGUGGCAAGGCGGAAUGGUGGUCGCCGUCGCGUCGCCCUCGUCGGCGGCGCCCUCUGCCGGCCGCCCCCACCCGACGUACAAGGAGAUGGUCGUGCAGGCGCUGACGGAGCUGCGGGACCCGGGCGGCUCGAGCCGCCGCGCCAUCGCCAGCUACAUCGCCGACCACUUCUCCGGCCUCCACUCUAGCCACGAGGCGCUCCUCUCCGCCCACCUCCGCCGCCUCAGGUCCCAGGGCCAACUUCGCCUCGUCUCCGGCAACUACUUCCUCUCCACCGACGCUCCCCCUCCGCAGCAGCGGCGGGGCCCCGGCCGCCCGCCCAAGCAGAAGCGUGGCCGGGGGCGGCCUCGCAAGAACGCAGAUUUAGCUCCUUCCGCUCCGAUUCCGAACCUUCAGGGGCCCAAGCGAGGGCCUGGACGCCCGCGGAAGAACGCACUUGUCCCAGUGGCUUCAUCAUCUGCUUUCUCACUGCUGGGAGCAAUUGCUGCGUCAUCUCCAUCUGGGGUCAAGCGGGGGCGUGGACGCCCACGGAAGAACGCCCUUGGCCCGGUGGCUGAAAUCUCUGCUUCGCCGCUGCCGGGAGCGACCGCUUCGCCGCCUCCAUCUGGGGUCAAGCGGGGGCGUGGACGCCCACGAAAGAAUGCCAUUGUCCCGGUGGCUUCCUCUGCUUUGUCGCUACCGGGAGGGGUUGCUCUGCUGCCUCCAUCUGGGAUCAAGAGGCGGCGUGGACGCCCACGGAAGGAGGCUUUUGUCCUGGUGGCUUCCUCUACUUCGCCGCUGCCAGGAGCAACUGCUGCACCACCCACAUCUGGGGUCAAGCGGGGGCGUGGACGCCCACGGAAGAACGCCCUUGCCAUGGUAGUUUCCUCUUCUUUGCCGCUGCUGGGAGCGAUUGUUCAGCCAUCUCCAUAUGGGGUCAAGCGGGGGCGUGGACGCCCGCGCAAGAAUUCCUACCCAGUUGCUUCGCCGCUGCUGGGAGUAGUAUCUGUGAGUAGUGACAGUGUAGUUGGUGCAAAGAGGGGACGAGGGCGCCCUCCUAAGGUUGUGGUUGCCGGGAAGAGAAAGCAUGGCCGACCUCCUAAGGAGAAGAUGCAACCUGAACCUGUGCAAUCUGCAGUUGCUCCAUUGACUAAGAGGGGGCCUGGAAGACCAAGGAAGGAGAAGACAUUGGAAAGUGGGCACUUGAAAGCUGCACAGAUGGAUGAGGGUCGACAUGAAGCACUGCCACUGUUAGCAGAAGCUGCAAGCCAAGCUGAGGCUGUGCCAAAUGAAGUUGGAGCUAGGAGUUUGCAACCCUUUGGCAAUUCUUUGAUGGAGAAGAGAGGUUGCGGGCGACCUAGAAAGAGGCCAUUGGAAACUGAAACUGCUGAAACAGGAGUUGCUGCAUUGGUGGUCAAGAGGGGGCGGGGGAGGCCAAGAAAGGAGAAUCCAACGGCAGGGAGGUCUACAGAAACUGGGCUUACUGCAUCGAUGGGGAUCAAAAGAGGGCCUGGAAGGCCAAGAAAGGAGAAUCCAUCGGCAGGGAGGUCUACAGAAACCGGGCUUACUGCAUCAAUGGGGAUUAAAAGAGGGCCUGGAAGGCCAAGAAAGGUCAGGCCUUCUGAAACCGUGUCUGUGGAAACUGCAGUUGAGGUAUUUACGGACUUGACAGAAGGGAGGCCUGAAAAGGGUGAGGAUCUGGCAUCAAGGAAGGAAACAGAAACUCAAGGUGUACUUUUGGUUGAGGAGAUGGAUGCUCAGCCUGCAAAUGCUGGAGGUGUGCUAGUGUCUGGAGAAGAGGCAGAAAUUGCUCCCAUGGAUGCUGGAGGUGCAGUGCCUAGGGUAGUGUCAGGAGAGGAGGCAGCAAUUGCUCCCAAGGAUGCUGGUGGUGCAAUGCCAGGAGUUGAUCCAAUGGACUCUGAUGUGGGCACCAAGAGUCAUUAGUGGACCGAGGGCAGCAACAGCAAGAAUGAGAGAAUGAUAGUACCUGGAAAACAGAGUAGAACCUGUAGUUGUGGAACUGUGUUCAUGUCAUAAUGGAUAUAGUUAAUCAACAUACUGCAAAGAUUGCCAUAUGUUUGCAACCAAGAUGAUUACUGGUAUGAUUUGAGUAGUUUAAUUGGAGUCUGCACUGGAUGAGUUUCUUUGGGGGUUUAGAUUUAAAUUUGUAAUCUACAUCUUCUUCCAUUGACAAAGACUAGAGCAUUUAUAGUUUGUUGCUUGUACUGAAACUAGCUCGUUUUCUGGUUUCAUCAUCUUUUAUUGAUCUGUUCACAUAAUGUUUCUGUUUU